CAUGCCUAUUUCUUUCUUUAUCUAUAGUUCCUUCGUUCGUUCGUCGCCGCGCGUUGCGCACGUGCUUCUUUCUAGCUUUCUAUUCUAUCAAGAUACAAAUGCCUGUUUUUUAAUAUUGUGAGCACAAUUUGUAUAAAACAUGAAUUCAUAAGAAAAACAGAAUAAUGAAUCAUCCAUCAUACCCCACGGAACAUGACAUGACUUGAUUCUCGCCGACUCAGAGCCCACAAAUGACUGUACCAAGAAGGUUAUGAUAUCAGAGGAUUGACAGAUAAUGGAGAUGUCGCACCAAGGUGGGGCGGAGGCCGAGAGCCUCCUGCGCCAUGACCAGAGGAGCGCUGCUAUCAUGCCAUAUAAUAAGGCAAUAGGAUGGUCGCUGCCGGAGGGGGAGAGCGUCCCGUUUCUCCGCAACGAGCCCGUGAAGUUGACGCCCGCGUGGGAGGGCACCAACCUGCCCAAUGACACGCUCAACUUGAAAGGUGUUGCAAUGGACCUAGCGCCUCCUAAAGACAAAUGGAACAUCAUAUACAUAAUCCUCAUUAUUCAUGGAUUGGGCACUUUGAUAGCAUGGAACAUGUUCAUUACUGCCAAAGAUUACUUCGUCAAAUACAAACUGGUGAAUGCCGGAGAGUAUGCGGAAAAUUACUUAUCUUACGUGGGGUGGGCUGCUCAGGUGCCCAACUGUGUUUUCAAUUGGAUGAAUAUAUUCGUUCCUCUUAGGGGAAGUUUGACGACACGGAUAGUAUGGUCGCUGAUACUGGAGGUAGCCAUAUUCGUGCUCACCGUAAUCCUGGCCAUGUUGGACAGCUCGCAGUGGCCCGGCGUGUUCUUCUGGCUCACUAUGGCGUCAGUCUUCUCACUUAAUGCUCUCAACGCUAUAUUCCAAAACUCCGUGUACGGGGUGGCUGCUCGCCUCCCGCCCAAGUACACGGGUGCCGUAGUGCUGGGUUCCAACGUGUGCGGCACCAUAGUAGUUUUCAUGUCAUGGACAUCGGAACUGUUCGACAGCCGACGGACCUCCGCCAUCUACUACUUCAUCACCGGCAUAUUCGUGCUGCUGCUCUGCUUCGACACUUACUUCGCUUUGCCGCUUAAUAGAUUCUAUCGCUACCACGACACGUUGCAACAGAGGACGUUACUCGUGAACCCGGCUCUGGCUGCCACCAACCAGACCAUCGGCCCGGCCCGAACCAGGAUCCCGUACGGGACCCUAUUCGCUCAGGCCUGGGUCCAACUGUACAACAUAUUCAUCGUGUUCUUCGUGUCGUUGGCCGUAUUCCCCGCCAUUCAUUCAGAUAUCGAGCCGAUUCAAGAAGGAUUCUUGGGCGGCAAAUUCGUUCUGAUGACGUGUUACCUAACGUUUAAUGUGACUGCUAUGUUUGGGAAUGUCACUGCUAACAUUUGGCAAUUCCCGUCAAAAAAGUGGUUAUGGGUGUUCACGACACUACGGAUUCUGCUGAUCCCAUUCUUCCUGAUGUGCAACUACAAGCCUACCAUCCGUACACUGCCAGUGUGGGUUACCAACGACUGGGUUUAUUGGGGAGUCGCCGCUUUAUUAGGAUGGAGCUCUGGCCAUGGCAGUUCGCUCGGCAUGAUGUAUGUUAGCAGCACCGUAGCUCCAGAACACGCUGCCACAGCCGGCAUGAUAGGCGCCGCCACUCUAGUAACCGGCAUCAUGAGUGGGUUACUAUUCACCCGUUUGGGGCCAGCCCUGGUCACUCUACCGUCCCCCUAGCCCCUGCUGGCGCGACUGCGAGCGCUGUGGAACAUACUCGCUGCCUUUUGACCCGUGUCUUAGACGAGGCAUCGAUAUAACAAUGGAUGCAACACUCAAAACUUGUGUGAAGUUCCAAAUAAAUAGGUACUCGUAAUUUUGUGAAAGUGACAUAAAAAUGGUGAAUAUAAAAUUAAAGUUAUGUGCUGCAGUGCUUAUGAUACCAGAAUCGAGUCACUUAAGUAGUUUUUUUUACAUUCAAGAGAAAAUCUGGGC